AGAGCCCGCGGGCCCGCGAGCCGGACGAGCAGUAAACGCGCGCGUCGUCGCGGACGAUGCGUCGCGCCGGACCUCCUCGCGCUCCCGCCGAGUCGACGAUGAACCCGGACCGUCGUCGAGGAGCCGAGCCUCGUCGCCGCGCGUGAUACCACGGACGCAACUCGCAGGGGGUCGCUGUGCGAACGAGCUCCCGACAGGAUGGAGUCCACCUGAGGAAGGAGGCUCGACAUCGGUCUGUGCGUUUAUAUAUCGGUUCACGCGUUCCGUCCGAAUUGCGCACUUGGCUUAUCUCUUGGUCGAUCCCUGGGCGGCCGCGCCAUGUCCAAGUACAACGUCAACGAGGAGUGCGAUAUGGAAAAUCGCAGGGAGGUCACACUGACCGGCUUCAGCAGCAACGCGCUCGACGACGUUCUUCGCAGCAAUAAUAACGAGCCGGACACGCUGAACAGUAAUCCUAGCAGCGCUCAUGCCAUCACUAAAGAUGCGAAGAUUGUCAACCUGGAGGUACCGCAAGAUUCUGGCAAAAGUGCUUUGUGUACCUCGGGAAGAAGGUGGGUCUACCGGCGGAUCAGAAGGUCUUGCAGGAGGAAACUGCUAUUCAAAAGAAUACCGAUCCUAGCGUGGUUGCCGAAUUACCGAAAGGAAUACGUGGUGAGCGAUCUAGUGGCUGGCAUCACCGUAGGCCUCACCGUAAUUCCGCAAGCCAUAGCGUACGCUAACGUCGCGGGAUUACCGUUACAGUAUGGACUCUAUUCGUCUUUCAUGGCCUGUUUCGUGUACACAAUUUUCGGCUCUUGGAAAGAUGUGCCUGUCGGACCAACCGCAAUCGCCGCGAUUCUAACAAGAGAAACUUUACAAAAGGCUCACUUAGGACCCGAUUUCGCCGUAUUGCUGUGUUUCGUCUCAGGCUGUGUCUCUUUAUUAAUGGGCAUUUUGCAAUUAGGAUUUUUACUGGAUUUUAUAUCGGGACCAGUAUCCGUUGGUUUCACUUCGGCGGCGUCGAUUAUCAUCGCCACCAGUCAGGUGAAAGAUAUUCUUGGGUUGAAAGUUACCGGCACCAAGUUCGUACAGGUGUGGCAAAGUAUCUUCGAGCAUAUCGGUGAGACGAGGCGUUGGGAUACCGCUCUGGGAAUUGCCUGUAUAAUCAUUCUUCUACUUCUCCGGAAAGUGAAGGAUUUGCCAGUAAUAUCGAAAAAUACUAAAGUACCAUCGCGGCUUCAACAAGUUGUCACAAAGUCGUUCUGGCUAAUCUCCACUGCCAGAAAUAUUAUCAUUGUGAUCGUCUGCGCGGUGAUGUGCUGGCUCCUCGAGAAGCAUCUGGGAGAAUCGCCCGUCAUUUUAACGGGCCACGUAAAGCAAGGACUGCCGGAAUUCCGUUUGCCACCUUUUGAAGCUCAGGUCGGGAACGAGACUUAUCAUUUCAUCGACAUGGUUUCCGCUCUGGGCACUGGCUGCCUAGUCGUCCCCAUGCUAAGUCUGCUAGAAACCAUCUCCAUCGCUAAAGUAUUCUCCGAGGGCAAGUCGAUAGACGCGACUCAGGAAAUGUUGGCGUUGGGUGCGUGCAAUGUGGUAUCGUCGUUUGUGUCAUCGAUGCCCGUGAGCGGUGGUCUUAGCCGAGGCGCAGUCAACCAUUCGUCCGGGGUGAAGACGACGCUCGGCGGAGUCUACACCGGAUUAUUAGUGCUUAUAUCAUUGCAGUUCCUCACACCCUAUCUGUAUUAUAUACCCAAGGCUGCCUUGGCAGCCGUCAUCAUUGCCGCGGUCGUCUUUAUGGUGGAGUUCCAAGUGGUGAAGCCAAUGUGGCGAAGCAAAAAAAUUGAUCUCAUACCGGCCAUAACUACGUUCCUGUGCUGUCUUUUCAUACGACUCGAACUGGGUAUUGUAAUCGGCAUCGGUAUAAAUCUUUUGUUCCUACUUUAUGCCUCGGCCAGACCGACAUUACGAAUCCAUAAAGCUACGAGUAUUAGCGGUUGUGAAUAUCUUGUCAUAACUCCGGAUCGAAGUCUGGUGUUUCCAAGUGUUGAGUACGUACGAGCCGUCAUUAGCAAACAGGGAUUACGAGAGGGUACCUCCAUGCCCGUCGUAAUAGAUUCCACGCAUAUCCAGGCGGCCGAUUUCACUGCUGCAAAGGGUAUUAAGUCUUUGAUAGAGGAUUUUACUAAACGGGGCCAGCCAUUAAUCUUCCACAACUUGAAACCGAGCGUUAUCGAGAUCUUCAAAGGCGUGAAACCUUCGCGGCUCACGUGCAGUUCCAGCGAACUCGAACUCAACGACCAUCUUAAAGAAUACACGAACGUUUCAACCGAGACUCUUAAUCGAUAUUAAAUAUCUGUAUAGAUACAAUAUUUUUCCUGUCUUUGGGCGCAGUAUUAUAGCGAAAAUAUUGCGGCAUUUUCGUAAAGGCACAGUAUUGCUGCGAAGCAAAAAUGCUACUUUCACAUUUAGCUAAUUUAAUAUUUUGUAUAUAUGUAAGUAUAUUAUAUUUAUGAGCACAAGCCAUUAUAUUUAGCGUGCGUCUUGUAAAUCCGCGCUAUAUACAGUAUAAUAUUUUUGUACUUAUGAACGGCGAAAAUCCAUACAUACUCCGAUACAAAUGUAUAUUUCGAAUUUCUCUAUCUCUUCGAAUUAAAUAGUCACGCAGAGUGGUCUGCAUUAUCGGUAAUACAAUUCAGAAAACGUGGCGAUUCUGUAUAUAUAUUAAAAAUUGGAGGGAGAAAACUAAAUAACAUUUUUUCGCAAUUAAUCGUUUUAACGGCUUGGAUUUUAAUCUCUGACGACUUUUACUUUGAUUUUAAUACUCAGAUUAUUCAGCUCAACAUUUGUAUACUCUACUUUUACUUGUUAAUAAUUCUUUUAACCAAUAUUGAGCGACAGCUACA